AGGAGAGGAAUAAAUAUUUUGGAAGGUAGAUUGGCGAAACUAACUAUUUAAAGGAACACAAACCUUAUUAAACCCUAAACUAUCUACAGGAAGGAACAAACGCACGAUUAAUUGGCAGAAUUGCAUGGAUAUGGCUACGGAACCAAGUAAAGACGAAUCUCUCGGCACACCUCCAAAGAAACAAACGGGGCCAAAAGUGUCAGAUGAAUUUCCAUUGGUGACUGUGUGCUUUGAGUACUCACUGAUCAUGACUUUGAUUGUCGUUGUAAACGUUGCAAAUGUUGGGAUCGAAUUGGACCCCAUCAUAUCAAAGUUGGGAGUGGUCAUAGAACUUCUUAAGUUGUUUCUCGCAAUGCAUUUGGCCACUCACCCACCAAAAGAAUACAAAUGUAUGGGAAGGGAAAUGCGAUGCGUGGCUGAUAUUCUCCCCGUGGGCUUUGCCAUGGCUUUGGCCUAUAUUUAUCCAUAUCACAUGGGAUACGUUGUCGUUUUGUCUUGUUGGACCGUGCAUUGCUACAUACUCGUCCGUUUAUGGUGGGGUGUAUAUAACUUGGUAGGUUUUUGGGAUAUCUUAGUGACAAUGCCCGUGCAAAUUUUCUCUUACUGGUUCGUGGCCCCCAAGAUUGCCAACAUGGAUCAUCCACUCGUGCUCUUUGCGAUGGCACUUGGCUUCUGGACCACUAUUUCUAUCUAUCGUACUCGUACCUCUUCUGGUCAUCAUCUUCCUCUAGUUUCUGAGAAAUAUGCCGUGUUACCUGAUUGUUGACUCCUCCCAGCACCAAUUGGAUUUCUCUGUCUCAAAAUAGAGUACGUGUUUGAAUGCACAUCUAUUUAAGCUUUAUUAGACUGAUUAUAAUAGCAAUACUUGGGUGCUUAUGCUCCCACUUUUAUCAUACCAAGUAUUAGACAACCAACAAUUUGCAUCUGUUGAUUUAUUGGUUUGGUAUAAAUUUUUUGAUGUACUUUUAAUUUUAGUUUUGAAUGUAGUCAUAAACUUGUACACUUGUU